UUUACCAGGAUAAGAAGUGAACGCCUUCGCAGGACCGGAAACACCGGAUUUACCCUGAAGUUUAACAGAGGAUGCACGAGUCCGGCGCGAGGAGGAGGAGGAGGAGGUGAGAGAGUAACACGACACCUCACACUAUAGUUCAAGUUCCUGAGCAGAGAGCAGCGUUGACACUUCACACACGGAGGAGAGAACAGCAGAACAACAACAGCAGAACAACAACAACAACUGAACCAAUGGCUGUUGUGGAGGACUUGGUGUUGUCCCUCGUCUCCAGCCCCACCGCUCUGCUGGGCGCUGCUGUUGUGCUCCUCGUCCUCUGCCUCGUCUCCAGCAGCUUCAGCCCGGGUGAAGCGGGGAAGGGCCCCCCGGGGCCGAGGCCUCUGCCGCUGCUCGGCAACAUGUUGCAGCUGGAUCUCAAGAGACCCUACAGGACCCUGUGUGAGCUCUCAGAGAAAUAUGGAUCAGUGUUCACUGUUUACUUUGGGCCCGAUAAAGUGGUGGUGCUGUCUGGAUACAAGGUGGUCAAAGAGGCUCUGGUCAGCUUCUCAGAGGAGUUUGGAGACCGAUACAUCCCCCCCAUAUUUUAUGAAAUGAAUCAAGGUCAUGGAAUAAUUUUUUCAAACGGAGAGUCGUGGAAAGAGAUGAGGCGUUUCGCCCUCUCCACCCUGAGAGACUUCGGGAUGGGCAGAAGAGUAAUUGAGGAUAAAAUUGUGGAGGAGUGCAAGUUCCUGAUCCAGAUGCUCGAGGAGCACAAAGGGAAACCCUUUGAUACAGCAAAUCCAUUAAAUUAUGCAACGUCCAACAUCAUCUCCGCCAUCGUUUUCGGGAGCAGAUUUGAAUAUAACGACCCUCAGUUUCAAAACCUGGUGAGAAGAACGAAUGAAAGCAUUCGAUACUCAGGCACCGCUUCAAUCCAGAUUUACAACAUGUUUCCCAGGUUGGUCGGUUGGAUAAGAAACCGGCAGCUCAUAUUACAAAAUGUCCAAUCGAGCAUCAGGGAUGUCAAAGAAUUAAUCAAGCAACUGAGAGAGACGCUGAACCCGAACUCCUGCAGGGGGCUCGUGGACUGUUUUCUGGUCCGGAAACAGAAAGAAGAGGACUCUUGUGUUAUGGACACUCACUACAAUGAGAACAACUUAUUUUUCACGAUAACAAACUUGUUUGCUGCUGGCACCGACACCUCUGCAAGUACACUCAGAUGGGGUUUGCUGCUUAUGGCCAAAUAUCCACAUUUACAGGACAAAGUCCAGGAGGAGCUGAGCCGGGUGAUCGGAGGCCGUCAGGUUCGAGUGGAGGACAGGAAGAACCUGCCAUACACCGACGCCGUCGUCCAUGAGACGCAGAGACUGGCCAACAUUGUCCCCAUGUCCCUUCCUCACAAAACCAGCCGAGACAUCACCUUCCAGGGCUACUUUAUCAAAGCGGGAACUACCGUGUUUCCUCUUCUUACCUCUGUCCUGUAUGACAAGAGCGAAUGGGCGAGCCCGCACACUUUCAACCCUUCUCACUUCCUAGAUGCGGAGGGGAAAUUUACCAAGAGAGAUGCCUUCAUGCCCUUUUCUUCAGGUCGCAGAAUGUGCCUCGGAGAGAGUCUGGCCAGAAUGGAGCUUUUCCUCUUCUUCACCUCCCUCCUCCAGCACUUUCGUUUCACUCAUCCACCAGGAGUUACAGAGGACGAACUGGAUCUGAUGCCGGCUGUGGGCUUAACCCUCAACCCUUCCCCCCAUGAGCUGUGUGCUGUCAGUCGCCAGUGAGGGAGACAGCUGGGGCCUGUUUUACAAAAGUAGUUUGUAAACCAGGACACCCAGGACAUCACUUUGUAACCUAACAUUGUCCUGAUAACCUCGACCAUAAAGAGGGGUGUGUACUGUCUCAGCUAAUCUGUGGUUUUCCUUUCCUGCUACGAGCUGGUUCAUGUUAAAGAGGCUGAGUUGAUUAUUUCAAUCAGUAGAGAAAUUAAAUCAACAUUUCACUAGAUUCAUUAGAUGCAGAUUUGAA